AUGAAGUUUCGUGUUAUUUUUUAUAAGCCUCUUUAUUUUGGUAUUUGGAAAUUUCUUAAUUUUUACUCCCUAGCCGAUUUUACGACGGGUAGUCGCCGAGAAAAGGCGAUUUUGUCAUUUUGUGCGACUCUGCCACUCCGCCGUGUCCUCUCCUUACCUCCUUCGGUCGCUCCGGUGACUGCUGAAACCCUAGCUGUUUUUCGCGCCUUCGAUCGUCUCCGGAUUUUCUGUGCCAUGGAAAGCUCUGAUGACGAGAAAGAUGGUGCCAAUGGUAAAUGCAUGAACAAUGGACAAACGCCUACAUGCGCUGAUGGUAUAAAAUUUGUAGAUGAUGUUCUCAAUGGUGCAAACGAUCAAUGUUUAGAGAAUUUUCGUAUGGAAAAACAUGUUUUUUAUAAACUGUGCGACAUAUUACAAGCCAAAGGUCUUCUACGCCACACUAACCGAAUAAAGAUUGAAGAACAAUUAGCCAUUUUUAUGUUCAUUGUCGGGCAUAACCUUAGAACUCGAGCAGUUCAGGAGCUUUUUAAGUACUCAGGGGAAACAAUCAGUCGCCAUUUCAACAAUGUCUUGAAUGCGAUUAUUGCCAUUUCUUUAGACUUCUUUCAGUCUCCAAGUUCUGAAAUUCCUCCAGAAAUCCGAGAUGAUCCCAGAUUUUACCCUUAUUUCAUGGAUUGUGUGGGAGCUGUAAACGGCGUACAUUUUCCAGUGAUUGUGGGUGUAGAUGAACAAGGGCCUUUUCGUAAUAAACAUGGUGUUCUUUCACAGAGUGUUCUUGCUUCUUGUUCAUUUGAUAUGAAGUUUCAUUAUGUUUUAGCUGGUUGGGAGGGUUCAUCAUCAGAUAUAAGAGUUCUGAAUUCAGCUCUUACAAGGCAAAACAAGCUCCAAGUCCCUGAAGGUAAAUACUUCCUUGUGGAUUUCAAAUAUGCAAACAUUCCAGGCUUCAUUGCUCCAUAUUUAGGCACUCCAUACGGUUUACUUGAAUAUGAAGACAAAUUCCAACCACAAGAUGCCAAAGAGUUAUUCAAUCAUCGCCACUCACUCUUACAAAACAUGAGUGAAAGAACAUUUGGAGCACUAAAAGAACGAUUUCCUAUUCUAAUGUCAGCUCCUUCUUACCCAUUAACAACACAGGUUAAAUUAGUGGUGGCAGCAUGUGCUUUACAUAAUUUCAUCCGUGACAACAAUCCAAAUGACAGCAUCUUUAAGAUGUAUGAACAUGAAGGGUUUUUUGUUCCACAAAUGGAGGAAUCAGUGAGAGUGACAACACCUCCACUUGAUUUUGAAAAGCCGGAGAUGAUGGGUGUCGGGAAUGGAAUGGUGGAUUCCGAUGUCCCCUUUGAUGCCCAACAAAUUGAAGAUACGUUGAAAUUGCGUGAUGCUAUUGCUGCUGAGAUAUGGAAUGAUUAUGUUCAUGAUUUUCCAGUCACGUGUGUAUAGCAUUUAGAUUUGAUGUAGUAAAAGAUGCUAGGAUUUAUUGAGGGGGGAAUUGAUUAUUGGUUAUUGUAAUUGACAUUUUUGAUGCCAG